ACCAACCUGCCACAGUUGCAAAGCUUUUCAGUUGGCAUUUGGGGAGAGGCUCGCAUACUGCGUCUGUUAUUACCUAGUGCCCACAAUUAGGCAGCCAAUAACACAAACACACACGUCAGCAGUUGUUCGGUCCAUUCCGCUGAUAGCGCUUUUUGGUCUUCUUUUUUUUUUUUUUUUUUUAAGAAAAACAAAUUCUCCUCCGCCGGAUCACAUGCCAUUUAAAUGGCCGAGAUGACACUACCGCUACCCAAACCUUUAAAAUUUCACAUUUAAAAAAAUAAGAAAAGAAAAGCAUUUCAUAAGCAUUUUUAAAAAUUUUGACAAGAAAGAAUUGCUGAGAGUUGUCUGUACCACUAGAUAGAUAAAUAAAAGCUUGAAUGCUCAUCUUGACUUCAAAUUUGCUUUACUUAGUUUACAAGGGUAAUCAUUUUCUUUGCUUUGAUUCAAGUUUUUAUUUAUUACCUAUCCAGAUUUGGAUCUUCCCACUUUCCUUACUUCACUCUAAAUCCACUUGACUUUUAUACAAACUAUUUAUUAUUUGGCUCAGUAGAUAUUCUUGCCAGAAGAACGGUCAUUCUGUGUUUAUUACUUGCUGUUAUACAACUAUCUUUUUUUUUUUUUUUUUUUUCUUGCUAUCGAGGGCUAGAAAUUAGAGAUGGCCAUAGCUCGGUUCGCUCGCCACGCCAAACGCCCAUAUGGGUUUUGUGCGAAGAUGACAGCAGUGGCAGUAAUGGGUCUCUGUUUUAUAUUUGUUUGGUCUUUGUUCUCUGCUUCUUCCUCUUCAGUUACUACUCAAAGGGAAAGCUUUGACGACAUAGCUGAACCAGUACCAGGAAACCAAAAGGUAAGCAGUUCCAAGACCCAAUCUAAAGAAAUAGAACCGCAGAAACAUAAAUCUGGCAGAGAAGAUCAGAAGGUGAAAGUUCAAUCUGAUUUAGAAUUGAGUGAAGAUGAGAAAAAGAUCAAUGGGUCUGCUUCUUCUUUGCCUGUGAAUGAGCAUGAAUCCUUGAAAAAGGGUAAACAAGAAUCAUCACAUGAGAAAAGAAAGAAAGAUAGAGAUAGUUCUAAGAAGUUGCCUAAUGGGGUCGCUAAACAUAACAAUGAUAUGCAAGUGGAAUCUGAGAGUGAAGGAUUAGAAAAAGACGAGGAGGAGGGAGAAGUAGUUGAUGGUAGAGAAGAAGUAACUGAUGGUCAACUUGAAGGAAAUGGUGAUGCGGAAGGAGAAGGUGGUAUGAUUGAAACUAUGGAUCAAGAAGCUACAGCUGCGGUGGAAGAUGAUGAAAGUGCAGGGAAGAAAAAGAAGCAGAAGAUAAAGGGUCCUUUAUUUGAUCCAAAAGCACAUUAUAAUUGGAGAUUGUGUAGCACAAGAAGUAAGCACAAUUACAUUCCUUGUAUUGACAUUGAGAAUGGUAAUGGAAGGCUGCAAAGCUAUAGGCAUACUGAGAGAAGUUGCCCAAGAACACCUCCUUUGUGUCUUGUUCCACUCCCUCAUGGAAGCUAUGACUCUCCAGUGCGCUGGCCGGGGAGCAAGUUGAAGAUAUUCUAUAAAAAUGUGGCUCAUCCCAAACUCGAUGCUUUUAUUAAGAAAAAUAGUUGGCUGGUGCAGUCGGGUGAUUAUCUUACCUUUCCCCAAAACCAAACUGAAUUCAAGGGUGGAGUUCAGCACUACCUUGAAUCCAUUGAAGAGUUACAUUCAGGUGGUAAGCUUCUUCUAGAGAUGAACAGGAUUUUAAGGCCUGGUGGAUACUUUAUUUUGUCGACUAAACAUGACAACAUCGAAGAGGAAGAAGCCAUGACCACCUUGACAGCAUCUAUCUGUUGGAAUAUCUUAGCUCAUAAAACUGAUGAAGUAAGUGAAGUGGGUGUUAAAAUAUACCAGAAGCCAGAGUCAAAUGACAUUUAUGAGUUGAGAAGAAAGAAAAAUCCACCUCUAUGCAAGGAAAAUGAAAAUCCAGAUGCAGCUUGGUAUGUUCCUAUGAAGACUUGCUUGCACACAAUUCCAUCUUCAAUCGAACAGCAUGGGACGGAAUGGCCUGAGGAAUGGCCAAAGAGGCUAGAAACUUAUCCUGACUGGAUGAACAAUAAAGAGAAGUUGAUUGCAGACACUAAACACUGGAAAGCUUUAGUUGAAAAGUCUUAUCUGACAGGAAUUGGUAUUGAUUGGUCGAAGCUCCGCAAUGUGAUGGACAUGAAAGCCAUCAAUGGAGGGUUUGCUGCAGCACUCUCGCAACAGGAGGUUUGGGUGAUGAAUGUAGUCCCUGUCCAUGCACCAGACACACUUCCUAUCAUCUACGAACGUGGGCUGGUUGGUGUCUACCAUGAUUGGUGCGAAUCCUUCGGCACAUACCCAAGAUCUUAUGAUCUUUUGCACGCUGAUCAUCUGUUUUCACGGCUUAAGAACAGGUGUAAGCAGCCAGUAUCAAUUGUGGUGGAGAUGGACAGGAUAUUAAGGCCAGGUGGGUGGGCAAUUAUACGUGAAAAGGUGGAGAUAGUUGAAGCACUAGAGGGGAUUUUGAGGAGUUUGCAUUGGGAGAUUCGUAUGACUUAUGCUCAGGAUAAAGAGGGUAUAUUAUGUGCCCAGAAAACCACGUGGCGACCUUAAUGUCUCUUUAUAGGAAGUUUUAUAUUUGUUUAUUUAUGCUAGCAAAUGAAAGUAGCAACAGGUGAAGGCAAGUUCUUGUUCUUUCUUUCUCUUUUCCCACUUCAACAAAGUUACAUGGAUCUUCAUUCUUCAGCUAAAGGUAUAUGAUUUAAUGCGCCAACUAAUUGGAUA